CCCCCAAGAAACACUGAGGAGGCAAGAUUGGGGUCGUCCAGCGUCAUGGCCUGCUCAGUGUACAAGCGCUCAGCCUCUGAUACCACCUUCACCCUCUCCCCUCUUCCUCUCACCUAUGACAACUACAACUGCAACAAGAUCCCCAAGACCAUGUCAAGGCCCACGCCCACCAAGCCAAAGCCCACUCCCAAGCCCAACAACAUCUUCGCGUUCCACUCCUUCGGAGAGCCAGGGCGCCCUGCCUCCUUCUCAGGAGCUUUCCGGGACAACGUGCGUGACUUCUUGGCCCAUUGGGCCCAAACCUUGGCCCACGAAGUCGAGGGUAACCCCGCUUGGCUUGUAUACUUGGCCCUGUCUCAAGAAACCCUAAUCCCUCUCUAUGUGGUUGAGGAGCACGUGCGUAAUUCCCCCUGGCCCUACUGUGACCAUUGUCGUUGUGUAGGUUGGAGCCACCACCUGGUCUCGCGGCGUCGCUACCACUUCAUAAUCCCUGCCUCCGACCAAUCCCACCACCUGCUCCCAUCUCGCUUAGUCCUUGACCGCAGAACCCACCUCCUCCACGGCCUCAUCCACUGCAGCGGCUUCGGCCACCUCCUCUCCCUCAAUGGCCAUGAAAACGGCUCCAAACACCUCUCUGGCCACCACACUAUGGACCUUUGGGAUCGCAUUUGCUCCAUGCUUUGCACCAGGAAGGUGACAGUUGAAGACACAGCGCGCAAGCACUCUAUGGACCUCCGUCUCUUACACAGUGCGGCCUAUGGCCACCCAUGGUUUUGGCGGUGGGGCUACAGUUUUUUCCAUGGAAGCUUUGGCAUAUCAGAGAACCGCUACUCGAUGGCGGUCAAGAUCCUGAACCAGCUUCCCCUCGACAUGCUUGACCCCGAACACCAAGUCCCCCACCUCCAUCGAAUCUUCGGAGCCUACAAUACCACCUGCACCUCGGAGAUAUCCACUCUAGGCCAGCUCUUGCACACCAUGCUCCAGCUCAAGGCCCGCCUCCCUUGGCAAAAGGCAGAUGCGGCACCACCCAUCACUGGGUCACGACUGGUGACCUCUUCAAAGUGCUUGCUAAAGAAGCACCACAAUCAUAAAGCGGUAGUGGGGGUUGAGGAGUUGGCCGCAUCAUCGCAGUGCCGGUGGUCACCCAAGAGGUUUGAGGUGGCUGCACGUGUCGUGGCUGAGAUCUUAGAGGCGAGCGGCAGUAGGCGAAUGUUGCGCCAGGAGGUACGUGACGCUGCUCGUGGGCGCAUCGGGGACACGGGCCUCCUUGACUUCGUGCUCAAGUCUCUCAACAAUUGCGUGGUCGGUCCUCACCUCAUUCGGCGCACCGUCAACCCCAAAACGAAGGUCUUAGAGUACUCGUUGUCAUCGUUAUCCUCCACCGAGCUCGACAACUGGGAUGGUGAGGCGGCCACAGAAAACAGGAAAUACGAGUCAGGAGACCACCCUCAAAACCAGCUUCAGGUGGGGAGAAGAAGUGAGAUCGAGAGAGACCUGGAGUACGUGUACAGGAGGGUUUUGGAAGGUGGUUUGGGUGGCAAGGUUGUGGAGGCGGCUAGGCGCGUGGUCCUGGACACGAAGCACUUCACCAAAGAGUGGCCGAUCAGGGACGCAGAUGAGCAGCUGAGGUUCAUGGUGAGUGUGGUGGUGGCCGAGGAUGAGGCAGGGAUGUUCUCACGGGCGAUUCCGCCACCCGAGCUCGUGGUGGUGCCACUCCACGCUACAGUCGGUGACCUACGUGCCGAGGCCGAGCAUGCUUUCCGUGACACCUACUGCAUCAUGGAGGGCUUUGCAGCGGAGGACCUGAUCUGGCCUCACGGCCAGGAGAUCAGCGAGUCGGAGCUGCUGUUCGGAGUGGCGGAGUCAGGUAUGGGGGUGUGGGUGAGAGGGAGAGGGGCGGAGAGGGGGGAGGAGAGGCUGAGGUACGAAGGUGGGGCGGAGGAGUGGAGGGUGGAGUGUGAGUGCGGUGCGAGGGACGACGACGGGGAGCGGAUGGUGGCGUGCGACGUGUGCGAGGUGUGGCAGCACACUCGGUGCCUUGGCAUCGCUGACGCCGAGGCAGUGCCGCAGCUCUUCUUCUGCGCAAGGUGCGGCUCCGCACUGCUCCCUCCUGACAUGCUCCCUCACGAGCCCUUGAUCGAGUGA